UCCAUUCAUAUUGUUGUCCUGGGUGGAAGACGCUCCCUGGAGGAAAUCAGUGCAUUGUUCCAAUUUGUAGAAAUAGCUGUGGCGAUGGAUUUUGUUCCCGUCCUAACAUGUGCACUUGUGCAAGUGGGCAGAUAUCACCUACCUGUGGAUCAAAAUCUGUCCAGCAGUGCAGCAUCAGGUGCAUGAACGGUGGGACAUGUGCAGACGAGCGGUGCCAGUGCCAGAAGGGCUUCUCUGGGACUCACUGUGGGCAGCCUGUCUGUGAAAAUAGCUGCCAGAAUGGAGGACGGUGUAUUGGACCCAAUCGCUGUGCCUGUGUCUACGGGUUUACUGGCCCUCAGUGUCAAAAAGAUUACAGGACAGGCCCGUGCUUCACACAAGUCAACAAACAGAUGUGCCAGGGCCAGCUGACUGGGGUUGUUUGCACAAAAUCCCUCUGUUGUGCCACCAUUGGGCGUGCGUGGGGUCACCCCUGUGAGAUGUGCCCUGCUCAGCCUCAGCCUUGCCGCCGUGGCUUCAUCCCAAAUAUCCGCACUGGGGCGUGUCAAGAUGUUGAUGAAUGCCAGGCUAUCCCUGGAGUCUGCCAAGGAGGAAACUGCAUUAAUUCAGUAGGUUCGUAUGAGUGCAAGUGUCCUGUUGGUCACAAACAGAACGAGGCAACUCAAAAAUGUGAUGAUAUUGAUGAAUGCAGCAUCACACCAGGGAUUUGUGAGGAUGGUGUGUGCUCUAACACAGUGGGAAGUUACUUCUGCAUCUGCCCUAGGGGUUAUGUCACAUCCAUGGAUGGAUCCUGCGCUCUUGAUGAGAGGACAAGUACAUGUUUCUCCAGCACUAUGAGUGGCCACUGUGCACAGGAGCUGCCUGGAAGGUUCACCAGAAGGCAGUGCUGCUGUCAGUCUGGGAGGUGCUGGGCCACUGGGUCUGCUCCAGAGAUGUGUCCUGUCAGAGGAUCUGAUGAACACCGCAGACUUUGUGUGGAUGGUUCUCCUGCCAGAGGUGGUUCCAGACGUGCUGGAUCAGGAGGAAAUGGGUUCCUUCCUGGUGGCAACAGCAAUGGCUAUGGCCCAAGAGGAGCAGGAUUCAUUCCCAUCCCUGGAAGCAAUGGUUUCUCCCCACGUGGAGGUGGGACAGGGGGUCAGAGUUCCACUGGAAGUGUUCCAGUAAUUACAGGGCUGACAAUACUCAAUCAGACAGUAGACAACUGUAAGCACCAUCCCAACCUUUGUUUAAAUGGACGUUGUAUACCAACCCUUUCUAGUUACCGGUGUGAGUGCAACAUGGGAUAUAAGCAGGAUGCAAAUGGGGAUUGUAUUGAUGUUGAUGAAUGCACGUCAAACCCCUGCUCCAAUGGAGAUUGUGUCAACACACCUGGUUCCUAUUACUGCAAGUGCCACGCAGGUUUCCAGAGAACUCCUACCAAGCAAGCUUGCAUUGAUAUAGAUGAGUGCAUUCAGAAUGGUGUUCUAUGUAAGAAUGGCAGGUGUGUCAACACUGAUGGAAGCUUCCAGUGUAUUUGCAAUGCUGGGUUUGAACUGACUACAAACAGAAAAAACUGUGUGGACCAUGAUGAGUGUACCACUGCAAACAUGUGUUUAAAUGGGAUGUGCAUAAAUGAAGAUGGGAGUUUUAAGUGCAUCUGUAAACCGGGAUUUGUUCUGGCUCCAAAUGGACGUUACUGUACUGAUGUUGAUGAAUGCCAGACAUCAGGAAUUUGCAUGAAUGGUCAUUGCAUAAAUACUGAAGGAUCAUUUCGGUGUGAUUGUCCACCUGGUUUGGUUGUUGGAGUUGAUGGUCGUGUGUGUGGAGAUACUCAUAUGCGUAGCACAUGCUAUGGAGGCAUCAGAAAAGGGCUGUGUGUCCGUCCUUUCCCUGGUGCUGUGACAAAGUCUGAAUGCUGCUGUGCCAAUUCUGACUAUGGUUUUGGAGAGCCAUGUCAUCCAUGCCCUGCUGAAAACUCAGCUGAGUUCCAUGGCCUGUGUAGCAGUGGAAUAGGUAUUACUGUCGAUGGACGAGAUAUUAAUGAGUGUGCUUUGGAUCCUGAUAUUUGUACCAAUGGAAUUUGUAAAAACCUGCAUGGCAGCUAUCGCUGUAACUGUAAUAGUGGUUAUGAGCCUGAUCCUUCUGGAAUGAAUUGUGUGGACGUUGAUGAGUGUUCCAUGAACGGACUGCUGUGUGACAACGGGCUCUGUAGAAACACCCCUGGGAGUUACAGCUGCACUUGCCCCAAGGGUUUCAUGUUCAGCAGGGAGACAGACACAUGUGAAGAUAUAAAUGAAUGUGAAAGCAGUCCAUGUGUCAAUGGUGCCUGUAGGAACAAUCUUGGUUCUUUCCAUUGUGAAUGCUCAUCUGGCAGCAAGUUGGACUCUACAGGAUUGAUUUGUAUUGAUAGCCUGAAGGGGACUUGUUGGCUCAAUAUCCAGGACAAUCGCUGUGAAGUCAACAUCAAUGGUGCUACACUGAAAUCUGAGUGCUGUGCUACCUUAGGAGCAGCUUGGGGCAGCCCAUGCGAACGGUGUGAAUUAGACACAGCUUGCUCAAGAGGAUUUGCCAGAGUGAAGGGUGUUACCUGUGAAGAUGUAAAUGAAUGUGAUGUUUUCCCUGGAGUUUGUCCUAAUGGGCGAUGCAUCAACAGCAGAGGCUCCUUUCGCUGCGAGUGCCCUGAGGGGCUGACACUGGAUGGGACAGGGCGAGUGUGUUUAGAUAUCCGAAUGGAGCAGUGCUACCUGAGGUGGGAUGAAGAUGAGUGUGUCCAACCUGUGCCUGGCAGGUUCCGUAUGGAUGCCUGUUGCUGUGCUGUGGGGGCUGCCUGGGGCUCCGACUGUGAGCAGUGCCCCAAGCCUGGCAUGAAGGAAUUCGAAGCUCUGUGCCCCAGAGGGCCUGGCUUUUCUAACCGGGGAGAUGUUCUAACUGGCAGGCCAUUUUAUAAAGAUAUCAAUGAAUGUAAAGUAUUCCCUGGUAUGUGCAUGAAUGGCAAAUGUAGAAAUACAAUUGGAAGUUUCAAAUGUAGAUGUAACAGUGGAUUUACUUUAGAUAUGGAGGAAAGAAACUGUACAGACAUUGACGAGUGCCGCAUCUCCCCAGACUUAUGUGGAAGUGGUACUUGUGUCAACACUCCUGGAAGCUUUGAGUGUGAGUGCUUUGAUGGUUAUCAAAGUGGAUUUAUGAUGAUGAAGAACUGUAUGGAUAUAGAUGAAUGUGAACACAACCCUCUGCUGUGUAGAGGUGGCGCAUGUGUAAACACUGAAGGGAGUUUCCAGUGUGACUGUCCCAUGGGGCAUGAGCUGUCACCAUCAGAGGAGGAAUGCUUAGAUGUGAAUGAAUGCUCAUUAAGUGAUGGUCUCUGCAGAAAUGGCAAGUGUUUGAACAUGGUUGGGACAUACCAAUGUUCCUGUAACUCUGGCUACCAGCCCACUCCUGACAGACAUGGCUGCACAGAUAUUGAUGAAUGUAUGAUAAUGAAUGGAGGCUGUGACACCCACUGCACUAACUCAGAAGGCAGCUAUGAAUGCAGCUGCAGCGAUGGCUACGCUCUAAUGCCAGAUGUCAGGACAUGUGCAGAUAUUGAUGAAUGUGAAAGCAAUCCAGAUAUCUGUGAUGGUGGGCAAUGUACUAAUAUUCCAGGGGAAUAUCGCUGUCUGUGUUACGAUGGAUUUAUGACUUCUCUAGACAUGAAAACUUGUGUUGAUGUAAAUGAAUGUGAUUUGAAUUCCAACAUCUGUAUGUUUGGGGAGUGUGAAAACACUAAAGGUUCCUUAAUUUGUCACUGUCAAGUCGGAUACUCAGUCAAGAAAGGAAGCACAGGAUGCACAGAUGUGAACGAGUGUGAAAUUGGUGCUCACAACUGUGAUAUGCAUGCUUCAUGUGUAAAUGUACCAGGAAGUUUUAAAUGUAGUUGCAGAGAAGGAUGGGUUGGAAAUGGCAUUAAAUGUAUUGACCUCAAUGAAUGUGCCAAUGGGACCCAACAGUGCAGUGUAGAUGCUGAGUGUGUGAAUACCCCAGGCUCCUACCACUGUGCCUGCGCACAGGGAUUCACCGGGGAUGGAUUUACUUGUUCUGAUGUUGAUGAGUGUGCAGAAAAUGUUGGUCUGUGUGAAAAUGGGCAGUGUUUGAAUGCCCCUGGUGCCUACAGCUGUGAGUGUGAGAUGGGAUUCACUCCUGCCUCAGACAGCAAGUCCUGCCAAGAUACUGAUGAAUGCUCCUUCCAGAAUAUAUGUGUAUUUGGUACCUGUAAUAAUCUGCCAGGAAUGUUUCAUUGUAUCUGUGAUGACGGCUAUGAACUAGAUCGAACAGGGGGAAACUGCACAGAUAUUGAUGAAUGUGCUGAUCCUAUUAAUUGUGUCAAUGGUCUUUGUGUAAAUACUCCUGGGAGGUAUGAGUGUAACUGCCCUCCAGACUUCCAGCUGAAUCCUACUGGAGUGGGUUGUGUGGAUAACCGUGUUGGCAGUUGUUACCUGAAGUAUGGACCAAGAGGGGAUGGGAGCCUAUCCUGCAACACUGAAAUUGGGGUUGGAGUCAGUCGUUCCUCAUGCUGCUGCUCCCUGGGAAAGGCUUGGGGAAACCCUUGUGAGACCUGUCCCCCUGUAAACAGCAAAUAUAAUACUCUCUGUCCAGGGGGAGAAGGAUUCAGACCAAAUCCCAUCACUAUCAUUUUAGAAGACAUUGAUGAGUGUCAGGAGCUGCCAGGUCUUUGCCAAGGCGGAAAUUGCAUCAAUACUUUUGGCAGCUUCCAGUGUGAAUGUCCAAAAGGCUACUACCUCCGUGAAGAGACAAGAACCUGUGAAGAUAUUGAUGAGUGUGUUGCACAUCCUGGUGUCUGUGGUCCUGGCACCUGCUACAAUACCUUGGGGAACUACACCUGCAUUUGCCCACCUGAAUAUAUGCAGGUGAACAGAGGACAUAACUGCAUGGAUUUGAGGAAAAGCUUUUGCUACAGGAGCUAUAAUGGAACGUCCUGUGAGAAUGAACUGCCCUUCAAUGUGACCAAAAGGAUGUGUUGCUGCACAUACAAUAUUGGCAAAGCCUGGAACAAACCUUGUGAGCUGUGUCCAACUCCAGGAACAGCCGAGUUCAAGAACAUAUGUGGGAAUAUUCCUGGCUUCACCUUUGACAUUCAUACUGGAAAAGCUGUUGACAUUGAUGAAUGUAAGGAAAUCCCAGGAAUCUGUGCAAAUGGUGUUUGCAUCAAUCAGAUUGGCAGCUUCCGCUGUGAGUGCCCCACUGGAUUCAGCUACAAUGACCUGCUCUUGAUCUGUGAAGAUAUUGAUGAGUGCAGCAAUGGAGACAAUCUCUGCCAGAGAAAUGCGGACUGUAUCAACAGCCCUGGGAGUUACCGCUGUGAAUGUGCUGCCGGUUUUAAACUUUCACCCAAUGGUGCUUGUGUUGAUCGCAACGAAUGUCUGGAAAUUCCUAAUGUUUGCAGUCAUGGUUUAUGUGUGGACAUGCAAGGAAGCUACCAGUGUGUGUGUCACAAUGGUUUUAAGGCAUCCCAAGAUCAGACUAUGUGCAUGGAUGUUGAUGAAUGUGAACAACAUCCAUGUGGAAAUGGAACCUGUGAAAAUAUGGUUGGAUCAUAUAACUGCCUGUGUUACCCAGGAUUCGAAUUAACUCGUAAUAUUGAUUGUGUGGAUAUUGACGAAUGCAGUUCCUUCUUUGGUCAGGUGUGCAGAAACGGACGGUGUUUCAAUGAAAUUGGUUCCUUCAAAUGUUUAUGUAAUGAAGGGUAUGAGCUUACUCUAGAUGGCAAGAAUUGUUUUGAUACUAACGAGUGUGUGGCACUGCCUGGUUCGUGCUCUCCUGGUACCUGUCAAAAUUUGGAAGGAUCAUUCAGAUGCAUAUGUCCGCCAGGAUAUGAAGUAAAAAGUGAAAGUUGUAUUGAUAUUAAUGAGUGUAAUGAGGACCCCAACAUCUGCCUUUUUGGGUCUUGUAAAAACACCCCAGGAGGUUUCCAGUGCAUUUGUCCUACAGGUUUUGUGCUCUCUGAUAAUGGGCGGAGAUGUUUUGAUACUCGUCAGAGCUUCUGUUUCACUAACUUUGAGAAUGGGAAAUGUUCAGUGCCAAAGGCUUUCAACACCACAAAGGCAAAGUGUUGCUGCAGUAAAAUGCCGGGAGAAGGAUGGGGUGAUCCUUGCGAGCUCUGUCCAAAGGAAGAAGAAGUUGCUUUUCAGGACCUGUGUCCUUAUGGUCAUGGAACUAUUCCUGGAAUAGAUAAUACACGUGAAGAUGUCAAUGAAUGCCUUGAGAGCCCAGGAAUUUGCUCCAAUGGUCACUGCAUCAAUACUGAUGGAUCAUUCCGCUGUGAGUGCCCCAUGGGAUACAACUUGGAUUUCACUGGAGUACAUUGCAUUGAUACUGAUGAAUGUUCAAUUGGCAACCCGUGUGGAAACGGUACGUGCACUAAUGUCAUUGGCAGUUUUGAGUGCAGCUGUCAUGAAGGAUUUGAGCCAGGCCCAAUGAUGAAUUGUGAAGAUAUAAAUGAGUGUGCUCAGAACCCCUUGCUGUGUGCUUUUCGUUGUGUCAACACUUACGGUUUCUAUGAGUGCACCUGCCCAGUUGGGUACGAACUAAGAGAGGAUAGAAAGAUGUGCAAAGAUCUAGAUGAGUGUGUUGAAGGUCUCCAUGACUGUGAAUCAAGAGGCAUGAUCUGCAAAAAUUUGAUUGGUACUUUCAUGUGCAUUUGCCCUCCUGGAAUGACCCGGAGAUCUGAUGGAGAAGGAUGCACAGAUGAAAACGAGUGCCGGACCAAGCCAGGUGUCUGUGAAAAUGGUCGUUGUGUGAAUGUUGUUGGGAGCUACAGGUGUGAAUGUAAUGAAGGAUUCCUGUCAAGUCCAUCAGGCAUUGAGUGUCUUGAUAAUCGCCAAGGGUUUUGCUUUGCUGAAGUUCUGCAGACAAUGUGUCAGAUGGCUUCCAGCAGCCAGAAUCUUGUCACUAAAUCUGAGUGCUGCUGUGAUGGAGGCCGGGGCUGGGGGAAUCAGUGCAUACAAUGCCCACUGCCCGGAACCACCGCCUACAAGAAACUCUGUCCACACGGACCAGGUUAUACCACAGAUGGAAGAGAUAUUGAUGAAUGUAAGGUCAUGCGAAAUCUGUGCAGAAAUGGACAGUGUAUUAACACCAUGGGCUCUUUCCGAUGCUUCUGCAAAGCUGGUCACACCACUGACAUCAGUGGCACAUCUUGUAAUGACCUUGAUGAGUGCUCCCAGUCUCCUAGACCAUGCAAUUUUAUCUGCAAGAACUCAGAAGGGAGCUACCAGUGCUCAUGCCCUCGGGGCUACAUCCUUCAGGAAGAUGGAAAGACAUGUAAAGAUCUCGAUGAAUGUCAAACCAAGCAACACAAUUGUCAGUUUCUCUGUGUCAAUACCCUUGGAGGCUUCACAUGCAAAUGUCCACCUGGUUUUACACAACAUCACACAGCUUGUAUUGAUAACAAUGAAUGUGGUUCUCAUCCAUCACUUUGUGGAUCAAAAGGAAUUUGCCAAAACACUCCUGGAAGUUUUAUCUGUGAGUGUCAAAGGGGAUUUUCUCUGGAUUCUACUGGAUUAAACUGUGAAGAUGUGGAUGAAUGUGAUGGAAACCAUAGGUGCCAGCAUGGGUGUCAAAAUAUCCUGGGUGGAUACAGAUGUGGAUGCCCACAAGGAUAUGUUCAGCAUUACCAGUGGAAUCAGUGUGUUGAUGAAAAUGAAUGCUCCAAUCCUAACACGUGUGGCUCUGCUUCUUGCUACAACACCCUUGGAAGUUACAAGUGCGCCUGCCCAUCUGGGUUUUUCUAUGACCAGUUCUCCAGUGCCUGCCAUGAUGUGAAUGAGUGCUCUUCCACCAAGAACCCCUGCAAUUAUGGUUGUUCCAACACUGAAGGGGGUUAUCUUUGUGGCUGCCCACCUGGCUAUUACAGAGUUGGACAAGGACACUGUGUCUCAGGGAUGGGAUUUAACAAAGGCCAGUACGUUCCACUGGAUGGAGAUGCUGAUGAAGAAAAUGCUUUGUCCCCUCUAGCAUGUUAUGAGUGCAAAAUCAAUUCUAAAAAAGACAAAAGGAAGAAGAGAAGUGCUAAUGACACUAUGGAGCAGACUAAGUUGGAAAGUCUAGACAUGGAUAGCCCUGUGAGGAUCAGGGUCAACAUUUCCAGGCUGGACCACAAGGAGCACAUCCUGGAACUCCUACCAGCCAUUGAGCCCCUCACCCACCAUGUGCGCUACGUCAUCUCCCACGGAAAUGAGGAUAGGAUCUUCAGGAUCCACCAGAGGAAUGGGCUGAGCUACUUGCACACAGCAAAGAGAAAGUCAGUGCCUGGCAUUUACACACUGGAAAUCACCAGCAUUCCUCUAUAUAAGAAGAAGGAGCUAAAGAAACUGGAAGAGAGCAAUGAGGACAACUACCUCCUGGGAGAGCUGGGGGCAGUGCUCAGGAUGAGGCUGUGGAUAGACCUCUAUUAGCCACGUUCCAGACUGAGCACAGUCCUUCAGUCACUUCCGCUCUCCUUUCUACCCACCAGACAAUAUCUGCUUUUCCAAGGUUUUGAAAAAGCCGCUCAACUCCAGGGGAGGAAGAGCCCUUUCUUCCCACCCUGCCAGGACUACAGAAUCACCCUUUCAGGAGGGUAACUCAAAAGGCCACUGCCAAAACUUCUAUUACAAGGGCAAUCAUGGUUACUGUAUCUUUUAUAUAACCUCAGUUUAAAGUAUAUUAAAGAGCUAAAGUUCAAGAAGUCAUCAUAUGGCACUAAAAGGCACAAAAAUGUGAGAUUUUUUUUCCCUCUUAGCAGUCUGUAACACUUUGGGUAUUUUGCUAUAGUUCCUAAUUAAAAAAAAAAAAAAACCACAGAAGUUUAUUUAUUUUUAAUGCAGUAAUAUAUGGAGAGAAAAUAACAAAUUAUGGGGGGAAAAAAAAGGAAAAAUUGCUUGUUUUUCUUUAGAUUUAUAAAUUUGAGCUAUAACACUUUAGAGGUACUUUCUUAAAAAAAUAGAUUUGAAAGAUACUUCCUUUUUGGGCCAGUCAUCCAAAUAGCACAUAAGUGAUAUUAAAAUGUGUCAGAGCUGAAACAUCACCAUAGUACAUCUGGAUAUUCUAAAAUGCUCUUGAAAAACUUUGAGUAUUUAAAAAAAAAAAAUAAAAAGGAAAAAUGGAAGAGAGUCAUAGAGGACAAGUAUUACAAUAUACAGUAUCAGUCUCUGCAGAGAUCAUGUUUCACAUCAGCCACAGCAAAUAGCGGAAGAGGCACAACCCCUGUAGCAAAAUACCUUGACUGUUUUUAAUGCCAUUAGAAUUGCAGAACCAAAUUGUACAGUACUUCCCUGCAGAGACCUCAAAGAGCCACACAUGCAACCACACCUCACUUUCAGAAAGGUUGCUCUAAAAACUGGCAUUACUGCAGGAAGCUGAAGAAAAUGUCUCUCUGAAGCGAGCACACAAUAUUUUCAUACUGUUUGGUGCUGGCUGGAAAUGAUGGUGCUACUUGCUAAAACCUCAGAGCUGUUUCAGGAGUGCCAUGUGUGCAAACUAAUUAUGCAGCACAGAGCAGGGAAAAGGUGGUUUUGAAGUUCAUUUGUUAAAAAUUUCAUUAAUGCUGUAGUUAUACACCAUAUGCCUCAUUUUAUCAUAGCUUAUUUUGUAAGAAUGGUGGCUGUACAAUCAGUUGAGUUUUAGUUUACUGUAGUAAUUUCUGUUUUAUGUUUUGUACCAUUAUGCUUUAAGUGUAGGUCUCAAUGGUGCUUUUUUUUUUAACAACUGGUGCCUGUAACUAAGUCAUGAAACAUAAUCUCAUAUGUGAAAAUAGCCAAAGCACAUGCUGAUUCCAGAUUUGUUUCAGUUUCAUGUAGGUGCUGACCAAAGAUUAUAUGAAGUUAAACUCAGUGAUUUUUCUUUUCUCUUGUUGACUACGGGGAUUUUAUAAAGAAAAAGAAACUUUGUACAUUUUUAAAUCAAAUGUUGUAAGAAGAAAAGGUAUUUCUUGAAUGUUUGUAUCAGUAAGACAACACAUUUAUUGCA